ACAGCUGGUGGGGGUGAAGACUGGAGCCUCCCAAGCCCAAGUCGUCUUGAGCUCACAAACGGACGUCGCCACAGCAGGAGCAGACUUCAGUGUACGCGGGCACUGUUUAUUUAUUUUCCUCAUUCGUCUUAAAAGCCUUUCAAUAUGGGUAACGAGGCCUCACUGCCAAUGGAGAUGUGCUCCAACUGGACAGAUCAAUCGUCCUCUGACUACGGCUUCCAAAUGUUUGACGCCGAUGAAAUUCGCCGUCUUGGGAAGCGGUUCCGAAAGCUGGAUCUGGACAACUCUGGUUCUCUUUCAGUUGAAGAAUUUAUGUCACUUCCAGAACUGCAGCAAAACCCGUUAGUGCAACGUGUUAUUGAUAUAUUUGAUGCAGAUGGUAAUGGAGAAGUAGAUUUCAAAGAGUUUAUUCAAGGCAUGUCACAGUUUAGCGUCAAAGGUGAUAAGGAAAGUAAGAUGCGCUUUGCUUUCCGCAUAUAUGACAUGGAUAAUGAUGGGUACAUUUCAAAUGGAGAACUUUUCCAGGUAUUGAAGAUGAUGGUUGGAAACAACCUGAAAGAUACACAGUUGCAGCAAAUUGUUGACAAGACUGUCCUGUUUGCUGACAAAGAUGAGGAUGGAAAAAUAAGCUUUGAUGAGUUUUGCUCAGUAGUGGGCAAUACAGACGUUCACAAAAAGAUGGUUGUUGAUGUAUAAACGUGUAUUAUAAACACACCAGGUUGUUGAUAGUGCCGCUGGCAUAAGGUGCAAUGUAAGUUAUUGCUGGUCUGAAUCAUUAUUUCAAUUAUAAUUAUGGUUAAUCAAUAUCCAGGUUGUUAUAUAUAUAUAUAUAUAUAUAUAUAUAUAUAUAUAUAUAUAUAUAUAUAUAUAUAUAUAUAUAUAUAUAUAUAUAUAUUAUUUAGUUUUUAAUUAAUAUUUUCAGUUCUGGAAAAAAUUAAGAUAUUUAUAACACGUGCUCCAAUCUUUCUUUUUUAUGCAACUGUACAUCUUUAAAUUAUAAUGAUAAUCCAUUCAGUUUUAUGUAGUUCAUUGCCUCCUUUUUAAAUUGGCAGCUUCAGAUAUGUUUAUGUGCCAUAUUUAGACAUUUUUAUUGAAAUCUUUAAAUUGCCCAGUAAUUCAUGAACAAGUCCCUCGUUAUAUAUAAUGGACAAACUGUCACAAAACAAAAAAAUUUAUAUUCUAUCUAGCUACAAUAACUUACAUGUACAUUAUAUGAAAUUCCAGAUUCCCUUUAAAAUUUCAAUAAUACAACACAUACUUGUACAAUUGUAUGCCGGUUAUACUUGUAAAGUCAUCUCUUAAAACAUAUAUUAUCUAUAUAUACAGUAUAUGAUGAAAUUUAUGUAUUCCAUAUGUUGACCCUUAGGAUAUUUAUACACUGAUCAAUUAAGAAUCAUUGUAAAUGUGCAAUGCCAAUAUUUUAUCUCAAUAUAACAAUAUGAAAUGUAACACUUGAAAGAAAUAUUUAAUGGUGGCCUAGAAAAUUAUGUUGACAUACUGUAAGCAUCCUUUGCUGGAAGUUCAUUGAAUCCAAGCGAUAAUUUGAUGUAAUUUUUUAAUGGAUUAUCAUUGUUGUGCCGCUGCAUAACUAUUAUGACUUCUUUGUAUCAUAAUCUUUGUUAUUUGGUUAUCCUUGGAGUCAAGAAAACUCUUAUUAUGGUGCUGCCUUGCGACCUUAUGCCCCCCCCUUUUUUUUUUUUUUUUUUUUUUUUUUUUUAGCCCAAAACAUUUCUAACAUUUAUAUUUUGCGGGGACUAGUGUCUAUAAGGAAGUCAGUGCUCCUCUUUCAAAUGUAAUUUGUGCGUGUUUGUGUGUAUGAGAGCGAGAGAUAGAUUGUAUACUUGUAUUUAUGCACAUGUUGCUGUGCAUAUACACAUACAUAGGAAAUAUCAAGAGUUAUUAACUUCUGCCAUCACAAAAGGGGAGUAUAAGCUAUAACACUGCAAAAUAUUAAUCUACAUAAUUUACAUUCAUUGAUAUUCUUUGCUAUUACCAGAAAAUUAUUCUUUAAAUAAGAAAUUAAUUAAUUUGAAGUUGAAUUUUGUGUAUCAUUGAGUGAAAUAUUUACAAAUGCAUAAUACUCAGUUAGUGGAAAAUUAUUUUUAUCAUAUGAGUCCACACAAAAGAUAUACAUAUAUCGGAAAUGGAUUUUUAAUGCUCACAAUUUCUUAACAUAUUGAAGCUUUGAAAUGAUGAAUUUGUAAGGUUUCAGUUCAAAUUAUAUCAAGUCGUACCUUUGAAAUUUAUGUAACCAGUUUUAGCCUGUUGCUUAAAAUGUUAUGAUUUAGAUUGGAAUUCUUUAUUUCAUUAUCUUAAGUAAAGAUUACUUCUUAUUAAAAAUUAAAGUUAUUGAACAUUAUUAUUAUUAUUAUUAUUAUUAUUAUCAUCAUUAUUAUUAUUAUUAUUAUUAUUAUUAUUAUUAUUAUUAUUAUUAUUAUUAUUAUUAUUAUUGCUACUGUUAUUAUACUAGUAGUUGUUAUCGGUUGAUGGAGUAUACAAUGUAGAAAGAGGCAAUAAGCACUGCGUUGUCCUAUGUGCAAUACAUAGCAAUUGGUUGGCCAAAGAGGUCCAAGCCAGUGCUUGAAUUAACUAGUCAAGAUAUACAUACAUUCAUUUUGAAUCCAGACCAAUAUUCUGUGGCUUACAUUGGUGACCAUUCAGAGACUUCUGCACUCUGUUCCAAGUAAAGUAAUCUAACUGUGGGGAGCUGUUGCAUACAACACAGUGCUCCAGAAGUUUUUAUAUUACUUGAGGUGAUAGGACUUAAUAAGAUUAGAUAGUCACUCUUUGUACUCCGAUAUAUUUAUGACAAAAGGGAUGUUAGUAGCAUUUAUAUUUUUCAACUAUUUAUGGUUUGGAGGGUAUAGCAUGGAUUUCAUUACAUGAUGAAUUUCCCUUCUAGGAUGUACAGGAACUUGGGAGUUUUAUUCAUGCUUGGUAGAACUAGUCUCUCUCUCUCUCUCUCUCUCUCUCUCUCUCUCUCUCUCUCUCUCUCUCUCUCUCUCUCUCUCUCUCUCUCUCUCUCUCUCUCUCUCUCUCUCUCUCUCUCUCUCUCUCUCUCUCUCUCUCUCUCUCUCUCUCUCUCUCUCUCAGAUUAUUACCACCUAACAAAAUCUUUGUUGAUAUACUGAAUGAUGUAUGUUUUUAUUUUCCACACAAGUUAUUUCACUAAAAUUCUCAUGCAUAGAUAACUAUAAUGAUAUGCUAUGAAACUGAAAAGCUGAUCAGGCACAGGCAGAUAAAAGGGUGAGUAGGAUUUAAACACCAAGCACAGACAUUACUGAAUGAAAUACAUUUGAUUUCUGUCAGAUUUUUCUGUAUCAUUGCUUAGCUUUCUGUUUAUUUAGAUCAGUUUCUUGGACUUUUUAUAUAGGAUGUAAAAAAUGUAGUUGUAGAGAAUUUGAUCUUUGCAAGAGAGUAGUAUCCUUCAGUAAAAUGGAAUGGCAGAAUACUUGAGAAUGUGAAAUGAAGGGAUGAGAGGUUUAGAGCAUAUGAGUAAGAGAAGACUUAGCCAUCCUUUUAUUGAAGUUAAAAGAAACAGUCAUAGUUUCAAACAUGGAAUGCCUUUAUGCUGAUGUGGUAUCUCAACGAAGUGUGAAAAAUGAAAAAAAUUAUUUUAUCUUUUAUAAUCAAAAGCUACUAGCUGAUGACCACUGCAGUAGUAUUUGCAUGUUAAAACAUCCAGGCAAGAGUUAAGAAAGAUUAAUGGAUUAAUGAACUGGGAGCAUACAGUAAGAGAAAAGCUGAAAUGGUCACAGUGCAUAUUUAAAAUUUUGUUUCAGAAUUAACAUUUCUCAUUGUAAUAUUGUGAAUGAAUGGCUGUCUUCCCUCUUUAUAUUUGGAAUGUUUUCAAUCAUCAGUAGAUAAUAUGUAUUAUACAGUACAGUAGGGAACUAGCUGGAAGUGUAAGUACACAUUUGUAAUUUAGAUGAGUGGUGCAUUACUACUGUUGAGUUUCUUGGAGUUAUAGAUUCAUUAUGUAGAAUGUUCAAUUAUUUAUGAAAUGUAGCUUAGAUCUUUCUGAAAUUUCAUUGAAGGCAUAAUACAGUAAAGUUUAUUGUUUCUGAGGGAAUAUGUUGCCAUCAGAUUGUCUUCACACUUACUUAUUGAAGUAAGUCUUGAAUAAUGAAGCUCCUUUCUAAUUUCUGUUUAGCAUUGCAGUGUCAUUGCAUUGUACAUACAGGAGUAUUUGUAUAGAUUUGUGUAACAGUGUAUACAGGUUUGUAUCUCCACUUUCAAAAUAAUCCUUCAUGCAGCACAUAAUUCAACUCUUCAUCCUCCAAGAGAUAACUCUUUUGUGUUUUAUUUAUUUGUUUAUUAUUAUUUUUUUUUUUUUUCAAACAAUAUUGUGUAUGUCUUAUUUAAAUUAGUUGUUUUGAAGCCAACAGAAACAUAUUUACAAAUGAAAGAAUUACUUAUGUAGAUGUUUCCCUAUUAUGAAUGUUUACAUAGUCAACAUUUCUGGUUGAGUUAACACAAUUCUCUUUAAUGAGAACCAUGUUUUAUAUAUUUUGACCUUGACAUGUGGUUAGAAUUGCCAAACUAACAUAGGUAUAUGAUGUCAUUGUACUCUCACCUUUGAACAAGUGUUUAGUUGGCCUUGUGUCAUCUGCUAAGUAUGGUACAGAUUCUUACUCACCUUUCAUCUCAAAAGCCUUGUUGUUGUUGAAUCACCACAUUUGUUAUAAGAUCUAUGUUAAAAGGUGUGUGCGUAUGUGUGUGAAUGUGUGGGUACGUGUGGUGAAUGUGGGUUAUUUGUGUAUGUGCAUAUGCACAUGUGCUUGCAUGUGUGCAUGUGUGUGUACAUGUUUGCCACAUAAAUACUUGUGCAGACGUGAAAAUGUGAUGACUCAGAAUUUUCAAAUAUUGCUGUCAACUUGCUUAUUGUAUAUUAUUUUACUUCUACUUUUGCUCACUGCAGUGCUUAACUACACACACACACACACACACACACACACACACACACACACACACACACACACACACACACACACACACACACACACACACACACACACACACACACACUACAUACUACUGCUCAACAUAUGUGGGUCAUUACUUAUUUUCUUUGAGGGUGGGGAUGGGAUACCAUAUAUUCUAUCAUCUUUAUUGUCUGUUAGUGUGUGUGUGUGUGUGUGUGUGUGUGUGUGUGUGUGUGUGGAAGUGAAGUUUGAUAAACUAUCUAUUCCUCAUGGUAAAGUUAUAUCCACUUAUACAAACAAAACUUAUUUUUUCCCUUUUGAAAUACACUCCCUGUAGUUCUUGAUGAAUAAAUGUAGUUAGUUACCACUUCUAGGCUUAGUACUAUUCUGGAAUGGAAUUAGAAAUGUAAAAUUAAAGGUAACCUGUGAUAGGAUUUAAAGUAUGAGAGUAUGAUCUAGCACAUUUACUUCUUUCAUAAGUAUUAUAAGUUUAGAAAUGUGAAGAUAUUUGUUAAAAAUGACAAACCAUGACUGAUUAAUACAUGGAUGUCAAUGUAAAUCUUUAUCAGAACUAGGAAACUAUCUGUAACAUCACAUGUGUUGAUUCAUCAUAUUGUUUAUAAGUUAUGUAAUUUUUGUAUCAGUUAGAAUCAGUUAGAAGUUAUAAAAAGAUCUAAAAAUCAAUAGAAAGUCAAGGUCUGAAUGAAGGAAACUGCCCAGUUUUAAAUUAGAAAAGUGGUCUUUGACCAUGUAUUACAAGUUAACUUAUUGUACACCAUUUACAUAUUAAUAAAUGUUUGUUUUUGGCA